GUGUGCGCGGGCGCGCGCGCGAGCGCGCAAUCCAAUAGCAGAAGCGGACUAGGCUGGGCAAGGCUGAGAGGAAAGGGCUGGGAGCCGGGAGGCAGCUUGUCCUCCCGCGAGCCUGCAAGGAUGCUGCAGGGGACUGAGACCAUGGGGAGGUGCUAACUUCCUCUCCAACCCCCCAGCCCGGGAUCCGGGCUGGCAUACCCGGCCCCCCGGGGUAGUUUCCUGCCAAGCUCAACCAAGAAUCCAAAGGCGACUUGGAGGGCAUAAAAAGAAAAAGACUGGUUCUGGAGAGGGGCCCUCACCUCCAGAGCGGGUUCCUCGGCAAACGCGGGGAAGAUAGGAGGAAGGGGAUCAGACACUGGAGUCUGUACGCCAAAACCCCAGCCUGCAGACUCGCUCCAGAGCCUCCCUGAAGACCUGGGCGAUCUGCGCCAUCGUCUUCAAUGCCUCUCUGAAAAUCCUUUAGCAAGAGUGAGAGAGAAAGAGGAGAGCGCUCACCAGGGAGAGGAGCAAAGAAGAUGAGGAUUAUUUGCAGGCAGAUUGUCUUGUUGUUUUCUGGAUUUUGGGGACUCGCCAUGGGAGCCUUUCCGAGCAGCGUUCAAAUAGGUGGUCUCUUUAUCCGAAACACAGACCAGGAAUACACUGCUUUUCGGCUAGCUAUCUUUCUUCAUAAUACCAGCCCCAAUGCAUCCGAAGCCCCUUUUAAUUUGGUACCUCAUGUGGACAACAUUGAGACUGCCAACAGUUUUGCUGUGACAAAUGCAUUCUGUUCCCAGUAUUCUAGAGGUGUGUUUGCCAUUUUUGGACUCUAUGACAAGAGGUCAGUGCAUACCUUGACCUCCUUCUGCAGUGCUCUGCACAUCUCUCUCAUCACACCAAGCUUCCCCACUGAAGGGGAGAGCCAAUUCGUGCUUCAGCUAAGACCUUCAUUGAGAGGUGCACUCCUGAGCCUCCUGGAUCACUAUGAAUGGAAUUGUUUUGUCUUCCUGUAUGAUACAGACAGGGGGUAUUCAAUACUUCAAGCUAUAAUGGAAAAAGCAGGACAGAAUGGAUGGCAUGUCAGUGCGAUAUGUGUGGAAAAUUUUAAUGAUGUCAGCUACAGGCAACUGCUAGAAGAGCUUGACAGAAGACAAGAGAAGAAAUUUGUAAUAGAUUGUGAGAUAGAAAGGCUUCAAAACAUUUUAGAACAAAUUGUGAGUGUUGGGAAGCAUGUCAAAGGCUACCAUUAUAUCAUCGCAAAUUUGGGUUUCAAAGAUAUUUCCCUUGAGAGAUUUAUACAUGGAGGAGCAAAUGUCACUGGAUUCCAGUUAGUAGAUUUUAAUACGCCCAUGGUAACGAAACUAAUGGAUCGCUGGAAGAAACUAGAUCAACGAGAAUAUCCAGGUUCUGAAACACCUCCGAAGUACACCUCUGCUCUCACUUAUGAUGGUGUCCUGGUGAUGGCUGAAACUUUCCGAAGUCUCAGAAGACAGAAAAUUGAUAUUUCAAGGAGAGGAAAUGCCGGGGAUUGUCUGGCAAACCCUGCUGCUCCCUGGGGCCAGGGAAUUGACAUGGAGAGAACACUGAAGCAGGUUCGAAUUCAAGGACUGACUGGGAAUGUUCAAUUUGACCAUUAUGGACGUAGAGUUAAUUACACAAUGGAUGUGUUUGAAUUAAAAAGCACAGGCCCUCGAAAGGUUGGCUACUGGAAUGAUAUGGAUAAAUUAGUCUUGAUUCAAGAUGCGCCUACUCUUGGCAAUGACACAGCAGCUAUCGAGAACAGAACAGUGGUUGUAACCACAAUUAUGGAAUCCCCCUACGUUAUGUACAAGAAAAAUCAUGAAAUGUUUGAAGGAAAUGACAAGUAUGAAGGCUACUGUGUAGACUUGGCAUCUGAAAUUGCGAAACAUAUCGGUAUAAAAUAUAAAAUUGCCAUUGUCCCUGAUGGAAAAUACGGAGCAAGGGAUGCAGACACUAAAAUUUGGAAUGGGAUGGUAGGAGAGCUUGUGUAUGGGAAAGCAGAGAUUGCUAUUGCACCUCUGACAAUCACAUUGGUGCGAGAGGAGGUCAUCGACUUUUCUAAGCCCUUUAUGAGUUUAGGCAUCUCUAUCAUGAUCAAGAAGCCUCAGAAAUCUAAACCAGGAGUGUUUUCCUUCUUGGACCCUCUGGCCUAUGAGAUCUGGAUGUGCAUAGUGUUUGCAUACAUUGGUGUCAGCGUGGUCUUGUUCCUAGUCAGUAGGUUUAGCCCAUAUGAGUGGCACACAGAAGAGCCUGAGGAUGGAAAAGAAGGACCCAGUGACCAGCCUCCCAAUGAGUUUGGCAUCUUUAACAGCCUCUGGUUUUCCCUGGGUGCCUUUAUGCAACAAGGAUGUGACAUUUCGCCCAGAUCCCUGUCGGGUCGGAUUGUUGGAGGCGUCUGGUGGUUCUUCACACUCAUCAUUAUCUCGUCCUACACUGCUAAUCUGGCUGCAUUCCUGACAGUGGAGAGAAUGGUCUCCCCCAUAGAAAGUGCAGAAGACCUGGCCAAACAAACAGAAAUUGCCUAUGGAACACUUGAUUCAGGGUCAACAAAAGAAUUCUUCAGAAGAUCAAAAAUAGCAGUAUAUGAAAAGAUGUGGACCUACAUGCGAUCGGCAGAGCCGUCUGUGUUCACUAGAACUACAGCUGAGGGCGUGGCCCGUGUCCGCAAGUCUAAGGGCAAAUUUGCCUUCCUCCUGGAGUCCACGAUGAAUGAAUACAUUGAGCAGCGAAAGCCCUGUGACACGAUGAAAGUGGGAGGAAACCUGGAUUCCAAAGGCUAUGGUGUAGCAACGCCUAAGGGUUCCUCAUUAAGGAGGAGGACAGAGGAGAACUUACCAGCUCCAGGAUUAAGAACUCCUGUAAACCUUGCCGUUUUGAAACUCAGUGAGGCAGGCGUCUUAGACAAGCUGAAAAACAAAUGGUGGUACGAUAAAGGUGAAUGUGGACCCAAGGACUCGGGAAGCAAGGACAAGACGAGUGCCUUGAGCCUGAGCAACGUAGCAGGCGUCUUCUACAUUCUGGUUGGCGGCUUGGGCUUGGCAAUGCUGGUGGCUUUGAUAGAGUUCUGUUACAAGUCCAGGGCAGAGGCGAAGAGAAUGAAGCUGACUUUUUCCGAAGCCAUAAGAAACAAAGCCAGGUUAUCCAUCACUGGGAGUGUGGGAGAAAACGGCCGAGUGCUGACCCCUGACUGCCCCAAGGCCGUUCACACAGGAACUGCGAUUAGACAAAGUUCGGGAUUGGCUGUCAUUGCAUCGGACCUACCAUAAAAACCAAAAAAAUAAUUGAGUGCCUUAAUCAAACUGUGUUGGUGACUGAUUGAAACGCAGCCCCGAGGGACAGGCCAAGCGUGGGUCUUGGCUAAAUCCAUCCUUUGACGGAGAGCGGGAAGGACAUACUGAGUGCCGGACAGAACCAGUGCAUGAGUUCAGCACGGAAAUGCAGACUCGGAUUUUUUUUAUCAGGAAAUCUCACAAUUUAGUUUUUUGGGGGGAGUGGGUGGGGGUAUCUUAGGUGUAUUAACAGCAACAGAUUUCACUUGAGCGCACUUAAAACUAAUCAGACUGGCCAGUUAGCGCAUUAAACUGUGAAGUUCUUUCUCAGAAAGGUCUUGGUCACCACAGCAAGGGAUCAACAGUUAAUAGAGGUCAAAGAACCUGCUACCUGUGUCUCCAGAACACCCAUAUAGUCGAUGGAAUAAUCUUCAGCUGAGACAAGCGGUCACUAAGAUGUGAUAGGAAAAUAAUAAAUAUAUAAAGCCUGUGAAAAAAACAACAAGAUUUAAAGAAAGUAUUUACAGUUACUUUGGAAAUAAAACAAUACUGAAACAUGCUUGCUUUUUAACUGAAGUUAAUCCAGUAGAGGACGACGCAAUUGUUUUUUCUAACCAUCUUAGGGAACAAUACAUUGCAAUAAUUGAUAAUAGUGCCAUCACUGUAAUAAACUUUAGAGACUUUUUUUAAUGUAAAAGUUGUUUGUCACCUUGUUUCCUGUAACCUUCACUCUGUCACACAAGUUGGCUCAUAGGUUGUGUUUGUCUAUCAGAAACAAAAAGAAAAACACGAGUGAAGAAAAUGUUGGCAUGAAGUCAUCCAUCUGCAAUGUAAAAUUUAAAAGACUACGGGUCACUCAUGUUAUCAAUAUAAUUUAUAAUCCUGUUCAGUGUACAAAAUUGUGGGCUUUGUACCCACCCAAAAGAAUAAAACAACAGUUUUUCUUACAUUAUCUAUCCACAGAGCUUAUUUUCCCCUAUUAUUUGAGAAACUCUGAGACUCCAUAUUGUAGAAGUCAAGGAAUAGGCAAAUGUAGCUUGUUUUUAUUAUUUCUGCAUAUUUUUUCUAGAUCUUGGGCUCACUUGUUAACAGAAUAAGUUGUCAAAGGUAGAGUCCUUGAGUCUGGGAAUGAACCAUUGUUCUAAAACCAACACACCCUGUGUGGAAAUUUUACUUGACUCUGUUUUCCUGCAUAAAACUCAGUGUCUCUUGGUCAUUCCCCGUCAUUCCCACAGUAAAUUCUUUGAAGACACUGAUAAUAGUUUGUGGUAGACUACAGUUGAAAAACUCAAUCCUUAUUUCUUAGUAAUUGUGAAUAAAAUUAUACCAUGAUCAUUAUUAAGAAAACAAAUCCCUUAUGGUUCAAAACGUCUGCUUCAUUUAAAAUGAUGAAUGAGUUCAAUGAUACAGUUAAAAAAUAAAAACAAAUCACAGAUUGAGGGAUCUUUGCAGAAAGCACAAAUUAGGAUGAUGCCCAAAGGGUGGCCUUGAAGAAAGAGUUGAGUUUUCACAGGAAGAGGUGCUGGUAAGAUCCUAGGGGUGAGUAGCACACAUAGCUGCUUCUUUUAUCAGUGUCUCAUGUACAAGGCUUAUGCAGCCAGGUGGCCUGGUGAGGGCACAGGGUGUAAUGCCAUGGAAGCUCUGUCAGAAAUAUGGAGAAUUGGUUUCCUUCCCUCAAUGCUUACAAUCCCCUUUCAAUAUCUGUGUGUCACUACAAUGUAAUCCUUAUAAUACAUGUAUGCACUCUCCUUUGGGAAAGGUUACUUCUCUGUUGUUGAGCAAGGAUUCAUUUCACAACCUAGGCCACUCCCUGGUAUCUUCCUCUUCUUCUCUCACUCCUACCCAAGCUCUCAGCCAGCAAAUGGACCUCCACAGCACACAGAACAUGGCAUCUACUGUGUCUUCGGUCUGUAGAUCUUCUUUGUCUUUACAUGACUGUCACACAUCCUUCAGCCCUGAAAUUGAAUUUUAUGUGUACUGAGAUCUCCAUGAUUACCCACGACCCCGCCCAUGACACUGAGUUACAUGCCAUUCUUAAUGUUUCUUACCCAUCAUGGCACUCAUUGUACUGCAUUGUAAUUGCCUGUGUACUCGUCUAUAAACUACUAGACUGUCAGCUCCUUGAGAGCAGGGACUGUGUCUAUCUUGUUCACAGUUGUAUCCCCAGCACCCAGCACAGUGCCUGGCAUAUUGUAGGUGCUUAAUAAAUAUUUGUUGAAUGAAAGAAUGAAUUGAGUCAAUUUAAUUAAGUUGAGGCAAAAAAAACCACAUUUUCUGCUUAACAGUCCUGGGGUGUAAGUAUAGAGUGGGUUAAAAUAAAACU